AUGUCAUCGUCAACACCUGCACAAGUGCAUUCAAGAGCUGAAAGAACCGCAGUUUCAAGCUCUAAAACGACCUCCAUGAGUCCAGCUCCCAAAAUUAAAAUAUCAACAAUUCCUAAUCCUUCAUCAUCUCCAUUGAAGAUGCCUGUAUGUGACGACAAUUCGACCAACGAUGUAGUAAUUACUAAAGUCACAAAACUACCGACAAGUUCAUCAACUGAUAAAGAGCAAGAAGAUAUCACAAUAAAAGUAAUGGUCCCACCCGAUUACUAUGUACCGAUAGAUUCUCGAAGCGCCAAACCAGGAUUGUUCAAAACCAGGAUAGAUGGAAAUGCUGUACGUCCAAACAUGUAUGUAUCCCUAACUGAAGAGGAGAGAAAACGCGCACAAGAGACAGCAUUCGCAGGCGUACAGAUUAGCGUAAGUGAAAGAGUAAAAGAAUGGGAUCCGACAGACAUCAUUCGCCUACUUCCUGCAUCACACAAGCUUUCUGAUUCCCUGUUAUCUAACUUUUUGGUGAACAAGAUUUUCCUGAUGAUUGAAGAAGAAGCAGUUAAGCAGGGAAAACAAGUCCACACCUGCAACAUGGAAGUUCUCCAAC